GAAAAGAAAAGAAGUCGUGUGGGUCUACAAUUGCAAAGCAAACAAGUGGUUGAAAUUAAUCUCAAAAUGAAACCAAAAAACCAAUUUGAAACCACAUCUUUUCUCAAAUUCUUGAUUCUCCGCUCCCGAUUCCAUUCUCGAUCCUCCGAUUAUCCUCGAAGAUUAUGACGAGUGUAACGUUCGGCCACCAGAGUAAUUGGUCGCCGGGGAUUGGAAUUCAAGAGCAUCUAGGCAGAACAAAGAUUUCUAGGGUUUCGUAUUCAUAUUCGGAGUAUUGUUGUCCAUUUCUUCCUUCCAGAGAUGCAACAAUCACUCACCAUGGGAAUCAUGUUGCUUACUGUCGCCGGCAAAGUGGACGGCAUGUAAGACCUGUUCUUGCCGGUUCCGUCGACGGUGCCAUGGAUCCAGAUGAGUCCGAUCGCGGGAUUAACGACAAUGAGUCUCCCAAACCCGAAAAUGGAGGGAUGAACUUUGAAAUGCUUAGAGAGAACUUGGAGAGAUCGGUUGGGACAGAUGAUUCCAGAUUUAGUGGGAUUGACCUGGCUACUCUUAUCCGAAACAAGUAUGGCAAGUCUUAUGAUGUUCAACUAAUAAAGAAGGAGUUCAUGGGACGGAAUCUUCUUGCUUUAAAUGUCAUGUGGAAAUACAGAGAGCAGGGGUGUCAGUGGUUCGGUUCCGGUUUUCAAAAGCAAAAUCCUAUGUUCCCUGGAUUCGAACUUGCUACCUCGUGUAUCAAGUUUUUAUAUUUUCAACCUGAAGCCAUGACCGGCUUCAACUCGAACCAACAAGCAGUUUCGGUCAGUUCAAGCAGUUUUUUUCAGAAAUCAUUUCCAUUGUCCGAGGAAGAGUAUCUAUUGCGGCUUGAUGGUGUGGCUAAUACAUUAAAAUGCUGGGGAGCCGUUGCUCACAUUCGAAACAGCUUAGACAAAACUAAAGACCGGCCUCGGAUAGGAAAGGCAGUCAGUAUUUUUAUCGACAUGGACGAGUCUGGUGGUCGUGCCAAUGAGUGGAUAUACAAGUAGAUUACUUAUACAAACAAAAUUCAAAUGUCAAAUGUAUAUUUCUUAUAUAUUUUUUUUGUAUAGGUAAAAAUCCAAUAAAAAUACACGUUUUAUUUAUUUAGAUAACUCUAGUUCCAACUGGAUGAUAACGGUGGUUUUGCAUAAAGAUGUGACAAUGAUGGUGGUUUUUCGA